AUGAGUAAAUUGUCGUUUCGGGCACGGGCGCUGGACGCUUCCAAGCCACUACCCGUCUUCCGUUGUGAGGAUUUACCCGACCUACACGAAUAUGCAUCAAUUAACCGGGCAGUGCCGCAGAUGCCGACGGGGAUGGAGAAAGAAGAGGAAUCGGAACACCACCUCCAGCGGGCCAUCUCAGCGCAGCAGGUCUACGGCGAGAAGCGGGACAACAUGGUCAUCCCGGUUCCCGAGGCGGAGAGCAACAUCACCUACUACGAGUCCCUCUACCCCGGAGAAUUCAAGAUGCCAAAGCAGCUAAUUCACAUACAGCCUUUCAGCUUGGACACGGAGCAGCCGGACUACGACUUAGACUCGGAGGACGACGCCUUCGUCAACAAGCUGAAAAAGAAGAUGGAGAUCAGCUGCCUGCAGUUCGAGGAGAUGAUUGACCGUCUGGAGAAGGGCAGCGGACAGCAGCUGGUGAGUCUCCCCGAAGCCAAGCUGCUGCUGAAGGAGGACGACGAGCUCAUCAAGGAGGUGUUCGACUACUGGAGCCGCAAGAGGAAAAGCAGCAAAGCCAACUGCCUCCUCUCCAACGUCAAGCAGGAGAAGCGGGACGGCUCCAGCACCAGCGACCCGUACGUGGCCUUCCGCCGCCGCACCGAGAAGAUGCAGACCAGGAAGAACCGUAAGAACGACGAGGCGUCCUAUGAGAAGAUGCUGAAGCUCCGCAGGGACCUGAGCCGAGCCGUCACCAUCCUGGAGAUGAUCAAGAGGAGGGAGAAGAGCAAGAGAGAGCUGCUGCACCUCACACUGGAGAUCUUUGAGAAGAGGAACGUGAUGUCGGACUACGGUGGGGAGGUGAUGGCCGAGGUCCUGGCUGAGCGGGCGCUGGUGAGGCCCCAGAUCAUCCCCCUGGUUCCCCUCACCAACCAGUACCGGCACCAGGACCACAUGGACCUCAAGGACUACAAGUCCAAGCCCGAGAAGACGGAAGCCCCCCGGCAGAAGAGGAAAUAUGAGAAGAAGCAGAAGGUGCUGCCUCUGUCGACGGGCGCCGCCCACCACCCCGGCCCCGCCGCCUUCAACCCCAAGGACCUGAACCAGUACGACUUCCCCAGUUCAGACGACGAGCCCUUCUCCCAGCUGCACUCGGGCUCCUCGGAGGCGGAGGAGGAGAACGACCCAGACGGUGCCUACGCCUUCCGCAGGAAAGCCGGCUGCCAGUACUACGCUGCCCGUCCGGACCGCGUGGGCAGCUGGCCGUGGAUCGGUCCCUGGGACGGCGGCGUGGCCGACGACCGUUUCCGCUACAGCCUCACCACCCUCACCGUCCCCCGCCGCUGCCUGGGCCCGGCCCGGCGCCGCGUGGGCCGGGGCGGAAGGGUGCUGCUGGACCGGGCGCACGCCGACCCCGAUGGCGUUUUCCACGGCCUGGACCCGGACGCCCUGGACCUGCCCCCCCCCUCCUCGCCCCCCCCCUCGGCCACCUCUCGCUCGCCGGCCACCGACAAGCUGGCCAGUACCUCAGAAACAAAUACCUCGGACAGAAGCUGCUCCCUCGGCCCCCCCCGCCGGCCCCCGCCCUCCACGGACCUCAGUCAGAUACUGUUGAACAUAAAGGCGUGCCGCUGGAGGCACUUUAGACCUCGGACACUACCACUACAGGAGCUGGACCACGCCCACCCGCUGUUCAGGAGGCUGAGCCGGGGCCUCCGCCGGCCGCCGCCCGGCCCGGGCGGGGGGGCGCCGUUCGGAGCCCAGCGCCCGCACAGGGCGGUCCCCACUGCCCCUCCGGCUGCUGGACGCGGCGGCGUGUCGGGCUGUUUUUACACGCCGGGCGUGAAACAUGGCCGCCUGUUUGUUUUCCCGCAGAGGAACUGA